GGGCUGCGCAUCAUGUCGCAGGUGAGACUGUCACUCAUUCUAAAGGAAAUAAUUUUUCUUAUGGGUCAACUUGUUCAUAUAUGUUUUUCUUUUGCAGCGUUCGGAUUUGGAAACAGUGCCACAACCAAUCCCAUAUGUUGGUCUUGCAAAUACUUAGAAAAGUGGGUCUCUGAGUGCUUGUCUUCAGUUACUGUUGCAUACAUCAAAAUUUGUGGCUGAUUUGCAGUGUCACAAGCUUGAGCAGCCAGAGAGCCUCACAAGUUUUUCUACAAGAAAUAUGUGAUGUCAUGAGAGCUGCAGAUAAAGUGGUGCAAGUACACGAAGAUUUUCAUCAUCUAUUUUUCACUGGGCUUGGUAGUGACUCAAGCAGUUACUUUAUCAAAAUUAUAUGCCAGCUCAGUCAUGAACAUUGUUUAAGGUAUGGUGGAGAGUAUUAAGGCGCUCCUUUCAUUAAACUGUUUGAUGGACGUUUAGAGACACAAGGUCAGUACAUGUCUUCGAGAUACAAGCUUUUCUGUUUUUCCUUUACAGUAUAUGUGUUUUCCUUUCAGGAAAAUGAAUCGAGUGUAAACCAGCCCUCACAAGUCACAGCUUCUAAUGUGUUUAUUGAUGUACCUAUCAGAGAAAUGGACAGUGCUGCAAGUGCCACGCGCUCGUUUCUCAUGGAAACAGGAAGAAUGGAAAAGUGGUGCAAGUUUUGCGAAAAGUCUACUGGAUGUAUUGCCAGCAACAAAAUGCAGACUGCUCCGUCACUGAUUUGUGUAAAACUCAUGAGAUUCUCUGGGGAAGGAAAACGCUUUGAUGAGAAGUUGUCCCUUUCAGAGGAAUCACUUCUACCCUGUGGAUGGAGGUAUGAAUAUGUAGGAUGCGUGCUUCACAUUGGAGAAUGUUUGUUUUCUGGGCAAAGCAUGUGUUUGUUGAAACGUUCAAAUGGCUCAUUCUGCCUCACGAGUGAUUCUAAGGUGAUAACAGUCUCCUCUCAAUCUGUGCAAUCAAGUGAGGCUAUGAAAAAUUAAUCAUUCUUAGUCAUGUAUUAGCAAAUGGAAAUGAGCUCUCCGCUUGUGUGUGAUGUAGAGCACGUCUCAAUUGACUUCUUAAAUCUGACA